CCCACCGGAGGGCGGGGCUUGCACCUUCCACUCUGAUUGUGCGGUUCAAAAAGCAGCCAACGUCUCCCCGCUGACUUUACUACAGUAACUCCUUACUUACUUCCACUCGCUACCAGCAACAUGUCCUCGCCUUAAGUAGCGUCACUUUUAUUUUUUAAUAAGCCCAACUUUUACAGUGGGUUCUCGAGAAAUAAGAAGAGAAAAUUCAAAGAGUCGAGCAGGUGGUGCAGUUAGGUCCGAAGUCAAGAAGAAGAAGAAGAAGAAGAGUCUCCUCACCUCACCUCACCUGAGUCCGGUAACAUGUCCAAAACCUCCAUGGAGACUUACGCUGCCCUGGACGAGUCCUCUCUCCGAGCCUUGUUGGAUGGAACCGUGGAUCUGGACGAGAGACGCCUCAUCCGUUCAGCCAUCCGGGAGUUGAGAAGGAGGGAGAUUGAGGACAUUGAGGCUGCGCUGGCCAGUAAAAGGUUUCGCCCCACACGACACCAACAGCAGGAGGACAAGGAGAACCAGCACAGGUCAGAAUCCAGUGAGGCCUUGGAUGUCCUGUCACACAAACUAAAAGCAAUCAGAGAUGUCGAAGAACUCACCAAGAUGCUUCGUGCUGCCGCUGAGUACGAGGAAAGGAAGUUGAUUAGAGCAGCCAUCCGGCAAAUUCGAGAUGAACAAUAUCAAGGGAUAGUUGAAAGAGUCAAAGUUCCUGGUCGAAGCCUGGAGCCAGAGAGUCGAGAGCCCCAAAGCACUAAGGGGACUGCGCAGAGAGAGCAGGAGAGUCAAUUUGAACAAGAUCACAUCAAAUCUCAAAUCCGGGAGUUGCGUGACCACCAGACAAACCAAAGCAGAGAGCUACAGAGACUAGGCUCCAAAUCAGGCAUGGUUCUGGUUUUAGAUCACCUGGUGAAGGCAGACAGCUCUGGACCUCUACUGAUCCAGCCACAGAGAGAAGAAGUGGCUCCAGAGCCUGAUCUAGUCCUGUCCCAAAGGCAGAGAUCUGAUUCUGCAGCUUCAGACUGCAGCGUGGCUUCAAUGCUUUCCAGGUCUAAUAUGGAUUCUCUGACCACAGAAAAUAGCCUGGGUUCGACCUACAGACCACGUUUGGACUCUGGAGCUUCUGACAGGAGCCAGGGCUCCUCUCAACGCAGCCGACAAGACUCUGGGGCAUCAGAACAUAGCAUUCCCUCCCAGUCUCACAUCAGUCACAGACUAAGCUCAGAUGUCUCAGAUUAUGGUAUCGGACUCCCUUUAGGUUCUGGAGCUUCUGAAAGCUUGAGAAAGAGAAAUGAUUCAGUUGCUUCUGACCAAAGUGUGAGUAUGUCUUCUGAGGAGAGGUGUCCAACUGACGGAGGGGAGGUGGACACAAUCACAAUCUCAGCUCACAGUACCGACUAUGAAACCGAGAGCAGAGUCCAGGGUCUAACCAACUUUAAGGCCGAGCCCGACCAGGAUCUUCCAGAUGGGUCUGUCUUAUCUCGUAGAAUUCCUGGAAGUGGCCCAGUCAAUGGUACUGCUGAGGGAAAACACAACUCUCUGAGACAAAAGAUAACAGCAGACGAUGUGACCCUCACUCAUAACAAGACGGAGGAUGCUGCACCUGAAAAGAAAGAUGUUGAGCUGGACCAGGCCAAGCGCACAAACUCUGUACGCGAUCGGAUGCGCAAGUUCAACGAGCCCAGUCAGAACGUAAAUGUCCCUGCUUUGAAGAAGGGUCCACUAAGCAGCAUUGGCCAGACAAACUUCUCCAGAGCUGCGCAAUUGUUUACACCCACUGCCACAUCCCUCAACUCUUCUGGCGACAGGCCAGCGUGGGUGCGCAUGGACUCAGCAGCUCACACCUCUCUCGCAUCCAAGAGUCAGGCCGCACCUCAUUUGAGAGGCGUGGCUAGCAAACCUCUGUCUUCAGCUGGCCAAUCCCAGGAAUCCAUGGGUGGUACAAACAAUGUGACUGAGAAAAGUGGGCCUGUCUUGAGCGAUUCAAAGGACAACAGGACCCCAGGGAGAGCAGCUGGACAGGAGUGCACCCAAGAAGAGGCCGACACAGACAUGAAGACUUUCCUCACUAUUGAGAUCAAAGAUGGGCGCAGCAGCUCCUCGCCUACGUCCACCCACAGGGGCGCCGUUGUCCCCAUCACCAACAUGACACCACGCAUCAAUGCGAGUGCUCUGGGGCAGAGAACAGAGCUGACCCUUGGCCUCAGGGCGACCCCAUUCAAGAUCUCCUCCGGCUUGUCCUCUGGAUCCUCCAUCAAGAUGGAGACAGAGCCUGUCGCCGCCUCUGAGUUGGUGUUUUCUUCCGGCCCUUCAGUCCAGGUGGCAUGUCACAUCCCCACCAUCCCAAACGGUUCCACCGUCCAGACCAAGGCUGAGGAGUGUCCAGGAAAUCUGACCGCUGAUGAGCUGACUGCCAUCGAGGAUGAAGAGCUCCUUGAUAAAAUGCUUGAUGAGUGCAAAGAUUUUGAGGAGAGGAAAAUGAUCCGUGCAGCCAUGAGAGACCUCCGCAAAAAAAAGAGAGAGGCCAUGCUUGGAUGUACUCAAGAGGAAAUAGACCAGAGAGAAAGAGAGCGGGAGACUCGUCUGCAGGAGCUUCGUCAGCAGAGAGACGAGCGUACGCACAAAAAUCGUGCCGGUGUCGGAGCAGGAGAGGUGGUGAUGAGAAAAGUGGAGAAGUCAGCAGACGGUUCCACCCUCAGCCAUGUCACCAAAACAGACCGCUUUGCACAGUCCGAUGAUGGCAACAGAUCAACUCGCAGCACCGUGGUAGAAGCAAGUUAUUUGCAGAAAACAGACAGAGGAACAGUUCAGUCAAAAUCGUACAGCUUCUCGUCUUCCUCCUCCAAUACAAGCAAAAAAGUCGGCAGUGUGUUUGAUCGUGAGGAUGAAUCAACGUCUCGCAGCGGCGGCCUGGCCGCAGUGGAGCGAAGGCAGGCUGAGAGGCGCAAGGAGCUGAUGAGAGCUCAGACGUUGCCCAAGACCUCAGCCAUGCAGGCUCGCAAAGCCAUGAUAGAGAAGCUGGAAAAGGAGGGAGGCGGCCCGGUAAACCAAGUGGUCUCCAAAGUAAACAGAGUUCAGCGUUCCACCAGCUUCGGCGUACCCAACGCAAACUCCAUCAAGCAGAUGCUGCUCGACUGGUGCCGCGCCAAAACUCGCUCAUAUGAGCACGUGGAUAUACAAAACUUUUCAUCCAGCUGGAGCGACGGCAUGGCGUUCUGCGCCUUGGUGCACAAUUUCUUCCCAGAGGCCUUCGACUACAGCUCCCUGAGCCCCAGCAACCGCAGGCAAAACUUUGAGGUGGCCUUCAACAAUGCAGAGACGUACGCCGACUGCAUGCCCCUGCUGGAAGUGGAGGACAUGAUGAUCAUGGGAAAGAAGCCCGACUCCAAAUGCGUCUUCACCUACGUGCAGUCUCUGGUCAACCACCUGCGCCGACACGAGAUGGCCAUGGGGCGGCCCUCUGACCUCUGACCUGCGGGCGGGGUCACAUGACGGACAGACGAGGCAGGCGGGUGGUGUGUGUGUGAGAGAGAGAAUGUGUCCGCCUCAAUCACAAUCAUGUUUUCCAACGAGAGAAGCUCCCAUUUUUAAGCUGAACCUUUUUAGCACGUUCACCCUUUUUGUGUUUUCAAUUCAUUUUACACCACUUGUUAAAUUAUUUAUGCGUUCAUUUUCCUGUGGCGGUCAUCAGUCCCGCUACACAAUAAGUCAUUAUUGGGUUCCCAUUUAGGUACUUUUACAUUUUUGACCCAACUCUGGUCAACUUAUUUACAUUUUAAGUUAUUUCACUGUCAGCAUUUUAUUUUGAACUCAUUCACACUGGGUUGUUUUAUACAGAAUAUUCAUAUCUAUAGAUCCAUAUCGGUGUAAACUCAGUGCUACUGAAAAUACUCUUUUGUACCGUCAAAGUACGUGGACAUGACCAUCUUUGUCAUUGCACACUUUUAUUAUUGAGCGGACUUGACAAACAAAGUUUUUACUUCUGCUUGAAAGCAAUCCAACUCCUGACUGAACAGAAUACAUGUUGUCUUUUACAACAUGAAGCUUUUUUUUCCUCUUAACUAUUAAUAUUUUCAUGUGUACAUUUUUUUGAAAAGAUGAUUCACGUAUGAUUUGGGUAAAAAAAAAAAAGAA